ACCGAUCGACGCGCCCUCAGUGUCUCGCGGUUCAUCGAUCAGUGUGGUGUGUGUCGCGUUGUUGCUCCGGUGGAUUUUUUGGUGGUUUGUUCCUGCCUAGGACAUACGCGUAUUUUUUUCGUUUGGUUUUCUUGAGUCGACGCCGUGAUUAUUCAGAGGGCUCGUGAACGGGCCCACCGGCAAAUACAAAGGAAAGAUGCAACCGAGGAUAUACUGGAUUCUGAUCAGUACGGCCGUCAUUCUCGCGGGAUGCAACGCCGCUACCGAGAAAGAUCAAAACGAAAAAGACAGGACAGCGGGAGGAAGUUCGACAACAUACAAUUCCUUUCCGGACGAUCUUUAUUUGGACGACCAAGAAUCUUUGGAGGGUUCUGGUCGAGGUGGCAGCGAAGGUCGCGACGAUCUUGAAGCAUCCGGAAGUGGUCUUGGUCCAGAUGACGAAGACGGUGACGACGAUCACGACUUUAAUAAUAAUAGGAUAGAACCUCCGCCUCAAAGGCCAGCAAAAGUACCAAACUCUGUCGACGAACCAAGUAAAACUAAGGAACAGACUAUCGUCGAGACUGUAAACCGACCCGAAAACGAAGUAAUCGAGCCCUUGGAUGUCGAGGACGACCACUCGGACAACACCGACGAUAUCCACGAAGUAUACAUCAUGAAUCCGAAACACGAGGACCGCAGCAGCUCUUUCUUUGCUCAGCCAGGUGUAUUGGCAGCGGUGAUUGGUGGCGCAGUAGUUGGCCUGCUUUGCGCAAUAUUAGUGGUGAUGUUCAUCGUAUAUAGGAUGCGCAAAAAGGACGAGGGUUCAUAUGCUUUGGAUGAGCCAAGAAGAUCACCAGCGGCGCAGGCAUUCCCUAAACCAGGCGCGCCGCAUCAUAAUCGAGAAUUCUACGCUUGAGGCGACAAAGCUUAUCUAGCUUUGGCACCGCCCAUUUUUAUCCCACGAUACCAUGCCGAGAAAGACGAUGUCCUUCGACCGAAUUAAGCGCCACCGCCGAUGAUACGACACAUCCGGAAUCUCCUACGAGGGUCUUACGAAACACCUCGUUCAUUGACCGCAGCGAGAUUUUCUUCACAUCGGGGAAAAGCGUCAUAAUAAUCUCUUUCUGAAUUUUCGAUCAGGGAAUAUUUCCAAUUCUUAAAUUUCCAUUCAUCUGAACGCGUCUUAAUCCCUCCAAUUUAUUUGCUUUAAUAAUGUUCGCUUUUAUAUCGUAUAAUAAUUAUUGUUUUUAAAUUGAUCACAUCCUGAGGUGGAACCUCCCUUAAAUAUAUAGCACUCUAUUUUUCUACUCGUAUAUCGUUGCGAGUAGUAUUCUGAGUUAAGCAUCGGUCCACCUCCGAGAGUAGAAUAUUGAUUUUUCUCUCGGUUUUAAAUUAAUUUAUUUUAUAUCUUCGUACUAAUUCAUUAUUCAAUUCUCGGAUACUUAUAUUUUUUUUUCCAUAACUAUCAUGGGCUGAUCGAACAAGAAAGAGAGCGAUGGCUGAUGAUCGUCCCAUUGUAACUAUUCGUCGGCAAGGUUGCGCCAAUUCCAUAUGCAUUUACACAAUGUGUAUUUCGAAGCGUAUACGUAUCCAAGCAUACGUACAUGCCUCCCUGUACAGGACUGAGAGUGUGAAAAUUCGUGGGCGAUAAACGCUGUUGGUAUGUCGUUAAUCAUUCUGGUCCGGUGGAAGGAGGGAAAGAAAGAAGGAUCGUUCUGCCACCAUGAUUUCUCUUCGACGCCAAUCCUGUGAACUAUAGUUUAUCAACGUUUCCUCUGCUGUCUUUUCUUUUUUCUAUGUUUUUCAUCUACUUUUACUUUGUUUUGUAUUUAAGGAUCGCUUUUCAGAUUUACAAAGAUGUUUUUUAACAAUAUGACUGCACAGGGUCUUUAGUCUACUGGCGCUUUUCUCUUUUUUAAGUCCAGUUUUAUAGAAUAUUCAUUACAAUUAAUAGAAAAAAAAUAAAUUAUCUCAAGAA